AUUUCUAGCCAUGGUAGAUGAGAAAAGCCCAUUUGAACGUGCGUUCGACGAAUGGCGUUCAUUGAAAGAUGAAUUUGAAGAAAUUGAGGAUCAUCAUCGUAUAUAUUUGGGCAAAUUACAAAAAGUAUCCAAAUUGCAAGAAGGAUGCCAAAAAGCAGUGAAACAUUGCCUGUAUCGGAUAUCCAAGAUCAGAGAAUCUCUGAGAAGCUUAAAAGGUAAAGAGCAACCUGAAAACAUUGGAUAUUUGAAAACGAUGAAAGAAGGUGUCGCAGAAUUAGAGAGGAGAUCGCAAGAUAUGAUGGGUGAAUUACCUGUGCAAGAUAAUGGUUUAUAUUUGUCGAUUAUCCUCGGUAGUAACUUAAAUGUAUCAUUAAUGAAUAAAAAUGAUCGUUAUCGAUAUAAACAGGAGUACGAGAAGUUCAAAGUUACCGUAAACUGUGCUCUACUAUCUCUUCUCUUUCUUGCUUAUAUAUUUACAUCCAGAGUUCUUGAUUUAGUGAUAAAUUUCGUUUUGGUAUGGUUUUAUUGCACCUUAACAAUACGUGAAGCAAUAUUACGAAUUAAUGGAUCAAGGAUUAAAGGUUGGUGGAUAAUACAUCAUUACGUUUCUUGUGUACUUUCUGGUAUAACUGUAACAUGGGGAGAUGGCGAAUGUUACCGAAGUAUUCGGACACAAUUUAUCAUGUUUUGUUUUUUUCUAUCUUUUGUUCAGCUUUUGCAAUGCCGCUAUCAAACUGGAUGUCUACGACGUUUGCAUGCGCUAGGACAACGAUACAGCAUGGAUAUAUCUGUCGAGGGAUUUAGCAGCUGGAUGUUCAAAGGAUUAACUUUCUUAUUACCCUUCCUUAUGCUAACUUAUGUUUUCCAAUUCUACAAUUCCUACAAAUUAUAUUACCUAUCCAAAGCAUCGAUUUGUAUCAAUCAAUGGCAGGUGCAAAUUCUUGCAUGCGGGUUCUUUCUGGUAGCUUGCUGCAAUAUGUCUACAUUGCUCUCGGUCCUGGUAAAUAAGUGGAAGCAAGGGGGACAGACGAGCACUAUAGCAGCUCUUCGAUCCAAAUACAGUACAAGCUUACCUGAUAAAGUGCAAUGAAACUAGAAGUUUACUAUAUGUGAAUUCUUUUUUAAGAAAACUUCGCUUUGCUCAAAAUUUUUCAUUGUUUAUUUUUCGCUGGAGUCAAAAAUUGCGAACUUCUGAGAGCAUAUGAAAAAAUAAUAUGUGAAAAGCCUGAAAAAUUAAGUGGUAAGUAGAACUUGUAAAAUGUUGGUUCAAACUCAUAAGUUGGAAAAUCCAAAUAAA